GCAGCAGCCGAGCCGGUCCGAGGAGUGAGGGAAGGACAAGAUCGGCCAGCUGUGCUGUAGAUAGAGAGCGGUUGUUCCAUCGGCGCACCGGUGUGGACCUCUCGGUGUUUGCCGGCUGUGUUUUUUCCUCGGGCUAGUAGCAUGUCAGUGCGCCGGCUCCGGCGCGAGCAGGCGGUGAAAUCGUGAGUGCGCGCGCGUGAAACUUGGCGGAUAGAGAGAAGAGCUAAGCGUGCUGCAACGACGAAGCGACAUGUCGACGGGCAAGCGACUCGCGAAGCGCUCGAUCCUGGGUACGCGUGUGUGCGCUCCUACGGCAGACGGUCUUCACAUGCCUGGUGUUAUUAUGGCGACAAAAACGGACGCUGAGGAUGAGAACGUCUACACUGUCACGUUCCCAGACAAGUCGACGGGUGAGUACCGUGGCGACGAGCUCAUCGGUCCGGGCUUCCAGACCAUCGCGGGCCUGACUCUCAAGACCGGACAGCGCGUUUACGUAACGUUUAACGGCCGUGAGGUUUCAGGAGUCGUGCUGGAGCACGACGCCGUGCGCGACGACGUACUGAUCAGCAUCCAGCCUUCGCAGCACAACCAUCACAUAACGCAUACGGUGCAGCUCCACAAGCGCCUGGAGGAGGUCAGACUCCUGGAGAGCCGCAAGUCGGCUCGCCUGCAGGACUUGGACACGGACUAUUCACGCCUUGCCGAAGGUCAAAGCGAGCUCCGGCGGCGAGCUUCUUCACUCAGCAUCGACGUGCCGCCUUCCAUAAACGGCCGCAAGAGGCGGCCCAGUGCCAGUGAGGACGCGGACACCAUGGACGACUGCAUGGCCGCCAUGGUGCUCAUGCGACUAUCGUGCAGCCCGAAGUCUCCGCGGGUGCCCUCCGACGCUCCUGGCACACCAUCAUGGACGAGCUCAAGUUCGGGUGCCUCAAGCUGGGAAAGUGGCCGCUCACCUCCGCGGACUGGAACCCCUUCUCCUCCGGCAGGCCUGGCCGCGGCAGAUGCACGAACCUUCUGGCGCAUGUCGCCCACUCAAGAUGAGGGUGUCGACUUUGCUGAGAACUUUGGCUCCUCUGGUGAAUCUGGAUGUGCAAAAAGAAAGCGGGUGCUAUACAAGUGUAUGUGGAAGGAGUGCGGUGAACGAUUCUCCACCUGCAAGGAUGUUGAAAGGCACGUUCGUGUAAAGCACCUUGGGCGUGGUGAUGAGAGUGAGGACUCUGCAUCGAGUGAUCAUGAGGAGGAGUUCUACUACACGGAAAGUGAGGAGGACGAUGAUCUAGAGAGUGACUCUGGCAGCACCCUUCUUGGAGAGCACGGUGAAUGCACGCACAAUGUCUACACUUCCGCCCCUACCCUCAGCCACCUUGACAUGGCAAGGCCACCACACGAGGACCCACAGUACCAGAUGCUUGCUAGGAGUGCUGUUCCUGCAUCCCCGCCCAACCUGUCAUCAGCAUCACCUAUCAACAUUCCCACAGUGCAGCGGUCUUUCUCAUGGCAGCCACACGCCAGUGCACCAACAGCUAUGGUUUCGCCACAAAAGUUCAUGCGCCUGAGCCCCAAGACCCUGUCAGCCUCACCAAAAAGCUCGCCACUUCACCGGAGAGUCCGUUCGGAAAGCCGCAAGUGCCGCAAGGUCCACGGCAUGGAGAACAAGGACAUGUGGUGUACCCAGUGCAAGUGGAAAAAGGCCUGCAGCCGCUACGUCGACUGAGGCCUUUCACUCCUCUCUUCUUUCUUUUUGUUUUUACCACUACUCACAAGUUGUGUGCAACCACCAUCAUAAUCAUGGUGCGUCCAAACUUGUUCAUCUCCUCACAGUUUAUGUUAUUGCAUUAAGUUGCGCUGCAGGCUGCUUAUCGACAGGCUCUAUCGUGAUGCAAGAUCACACGUAGACAACUUGCCUUGAUUCAACGUGCAUAACCUUUGCAUGCUAGCAUGGAGACAUGUCUAUCCAAAGAGGAUGAUUUAAGAUGCCUUGUUUGAAAAGCUUGCUUCCCUGAAUGUUGAAUUCUCUUCGCAUCCUUAACCUAUGACAAAUAUUUUAGUCACCUGAACUGUAUCCAGUCAUGCCGUCAUUGUGAAAAUUUUUUUAGCAAAAACAUAUGAUCAGACAGAAGCCAGAUGAAGUUAGUUCAAAGGGUACGAUUCGUUAUUUGUAAACAGUGAAGAAUGGGCAUAUAGAAUGUUACGGCUGUGAGAAAAGUUUAAGAGGCCUGACGAGGCUGAGUUUAUAUGAAAGCUAAUAUGUAUUUGACAAAAACACGGCUGCUGAAUACGAUUAAUGAGAAAUUCCUCCUUUCAGUUUAGACAUCAGGAGGAAAGCUUGUUAUAUAUAGUGUGGUGGUGGCAAAUUUUGCUUUUGCCAAUUUAUUUGUACAAAGUGCAUAGCCUGCAGUACUGUACAUAGCGUUUUCUUAGCAUGUUUACUAUGUGGUCAUUAUCAACGACACAUUUAUCUAUUUUACUAUUCCCCCCAACGACCACUGUUUCACCGUCAAAAAAAAAUGUUCAGAGAUGCCACCGACCUGUUUUUUUGCAGUUGAUAUCUCAUGCAUGCUGUAAAAACUGGUUCACAGCUGCCUAGAUCGCUUGCAGUGAACGGUUGGUCGACUGAAAUUGUUUCAAUGUUGCUAGCAGUGCUCAUACAGUGUACCUCAAAUAAGCUCUGUUACAUUUAGCUUCCUUGAAGUUGUAACACGAGCUAGCUGGGAAACAUCCUAUCACUGCAGACUGAGUUCAGUUGAAGCUGCAUUCGUCAAACUUUAAGUGUAUUUAUAUUGCAGCUGAUGAUGGCCUGUACGUCCCAGGCAAUACUGAAGCGGUUGAGUUGAAAUUUGUUGAGUUCAGUUGAAGCUGCAUUCGUCAAAACUUUAAGUGUAUUUAUAUUGCAGCUGAUGAUGGCCUGCACGUCCCAGGCAAUACUGAAGCGGUUGAGUUGAAAUUUGUUUCGUCAACAUUGUUUGUUGAGAUGAGAUGAGUUUAUUGCGCUCACACACUUUCUCUUGCUUGCAAUUUGUCUCACUUGUGCCUUGCAGUAUACAGUGUCUGGAAGCAGAAGGUGACCUUGAGUAUACAGUCGCAUAAAGCACAGGCACUUGUGAAGCAAAUGAAAACAAAAGCCAGAUUCAACAAUAAUCACUCAACGACUUGCAGUGGGCUCUUGGAGAUUAUUAGAGAUAUCCAGCAUAGCAGAGACAUGAUCACACUGAUGCGUACUGCAAUAGCGAAGGACACGUUCGACAACAGCAGCACUGAUGACAUCAUCUUGUAACGCCGUAGCAACACACCAAACACUCUUAAAAUGUUCUUCUGCUCUACAAGUCUCUUAGAAGGUAACGCACAAAUUAUGUGAUGAUGACAUUGUUAGCAAUACAAGCAAAAGCAGGUCGACGUGUUGGUGUGAUACAGCAUGUAGGGACACUGCUGCUGCAUAGCUGAAACAGUGCUCUUGCAGCUGUUAAGCAGCCUUGUAAUGCUGACACAGUGUGGAGCAUUGUCGUUGGCAUUUCGGGCGUGUGGUACCUUGCUGUUGUGUGUGAUGAGACUCGCGUAACAGUGUUGGUGUUUGUGACUGUGUCUUCUGCUCAGACCACUAUACGCACAAAGGAGAGCUCUACAGCAUAAACACUCAUUUUUGCACGCACAACACUCAUGCCACAAAGGCUGUGCAUGCCUUGGAAAUGCUGUGGCAGCGUUCACAAAAUGACGGUGUCAUAAGAAAAUGCCACCAAUGCUGCUUUUUUUUGUCCGAGUAUUUAACUACUCUUAACAUAUGUUUAUGUACGCUAGUGCAUGUUUCUGUUAUGGUAAAUUUAAGCUGAACUGUCGACAUGUUUGACUGAGGAGAGUAGAAGUCAAGGUUUAUGUCAGGCUAACUUCAAGAAGCUAGUGUAAUUUGGUGCACAGUUAUGAAAUAGCAGUCUUGAAUUCCUCGCACAAGCCUCCACUGUGCUCAAGGCUUGUGGGUGUUGGAUAGGCAUUUGAAUGCCACUUAGUUAACAAGCAUCAUCAUCUUGUGCCACAAGAAACAAGUUUUUAAUUAUUUCUCCAUACCACUCAGAAUUCUCAUUUUGCUGCAGAGGCUGAAAAAAAAAGCAUGCCAGCUGCCUCGUGGGGCAAAUCAGAAGCUAAGGUGAAAUGCAGUCAACUCAGUAGAGUAGGUGAAAGCUACCUAAGUGUGCCAAUAGCGUCUGAUCAGAAGUACUGUGAAAUCCUUGAGCACAUUUGCUACCAUGAGGAGCUGGCAAGGCAUUGUUGGAUGGCCUGACAAAGCUUACACCAGGUGCAACCCCAUCUCCAGAGCUGUUAAAGCUUAGAAUCAAAUACUGCCUAAAAGCCAUGUAGAGAAAAACAUUGUCGUUUUCCUUGUUGCAUUGCCAUGUUUGUCUCGUCACACAUGAUAACUACUGCUCUAAAUUCUCCACAAUGAAUAGCAGUCAUAUUUUGAUGGCAACUGCAUGUAUACAUUCCAACCAGAAUUAGAUUGGGGUCAUCACACACAUUGAAAUAGCCACAUUUAAAUGAGGAAAUAUUGAUAUUCUAAGUAUUGAUUGGUUAAUAUGUGGGGUUUAACGUACCAAAACCACCAUAUGAUUAUGAGAGACGUCGUAGUGGAGCACUCCGGAAAUUUCGACCACCUGGGGUUCUUUAACAUGCACCAAAAUCUGAGCACACGGGCCUACAGUAUUUUUGCCUCCAUCGAAAAUGCAGCCACCGUAACCGGGAUUCGAUCUCACGACUUGCGAGUCAGUAGCCGAGUACCUUAGCCAGUAUACCACUGCAGCGGGGCGAUGUUCCAGGUAUGGUAGUGUGGUCAUAGGUGCAAGGUGUCAUUAUUGAAAACAGAUAGACUUCUUUCAUUGCGCAUUACAAACUUUUCAAUGGCAACACGCAUACAACCAACGAGUCCGUUUGUUGGCACACUUGUCUUACACAAUAUACAUUGCUUGGUAUUCUUGCUAGGCUCUGUCCAGGUCAUCUAGAGCUGAUGCAGUGUUGCCAUGUGUAGUAGAGCUGUAGCAACUUGGCAGGGUCACUGGGACUGAAGUGUGCCUUGUCUAGCAGCAAAACAGCCAACAGCAAUCGUAACCCCAGAACAAUAGCUGUGGGUUGACAAAACACUUGGAAUCUCGGGUGCAUGCCACUCCUUUAGCCGAGUGUGCGACACCCUGCCUCGCAGUCCAUCAGAACGCCAUCCGACAUGCCACUUAACAUAUUGCUCAAGUGUUCCAUUGUAUCUAAAUUUGCCCAAUGAGUGUACAAGAAGGGCUUGCUAUCAUUCUUCACGGAAAAAAAAUACUGCUCAUCAAUAAGUGAACUUUUAACACGUGUGCCAUAACACAUCUAUGCAGAAAGCUGCAACUCCCUUAUGUUGCACAGUCAUCCGAUAUUAAUAAGUCAAAGCACUCUGCCUAAUUUCUAGUUCAUUCAUUUUGAAACAUUGAGCAGUAAAGCAGCUGAUAAGUCAAACGCUGAAUUUUAUUUUAACAGCACAUGUAAGACCUGUACUUAAACAGAGAAAUCGACAAAAAUGAACAGCUUUUUAUUUGCCACUGCAGUCUGCCCUACUCCUGUCAAACUUUUUACAGCGAGAGCUGUUAUGAGACUACAAAUCGGGUCAUGCGCAGUUGUCUGCCGCCACUGCCGCCGGCGUCCGUAACCACAUCGCGCGAAAUUAGAAAAAAAAAAAA